AUGUCACAGAAUAUUCAAAUUGGCACUAGAAAACGUUCAAGAGCAAAUAUGAAUAAUUCUUCUACUACUACGGGUCCUUCUGGGAAUACGAGCUCUAAUAAGACAUUUCUUGACAACUUCGAGGAAUCCCGCACAAAUAGACUGCUGGACGAGAUGUUUGCUCGGCAGAAUUCGUUCUUAACAGAUAAUCUUAGGAACAGUCUGGACCUAAAUCAGACGGAUAAUCCGCUUCGUCCUCGACAGCACCAACAUCAGUUGUUCUUGGACAAUGAGAAUGCUAUAGAGCUGGACGACGAGCCUCGUAUCAUUAACACUACAAUCAGCAAUAACAAUAACAACCAUAAUAGUAGUCGGGUGGACGAGGAGGCUGACGAUGAUAUCAUUUUUAUCAAAGAGCAGCCAAUUCAGUUUUCGUCGCCUUUGAUUUUGCCUAGCAGCAGCAGUAUUAAUACUGACAACGCUGCCACUAGAAAUAAUGCCGGGAGCGCUGCCACAGCUACAAGCAAUAGCACGUAUAUUACAACACCAAAGAAAUUCAAAAAGCAAAGAACUAUCUCGCUACCUCAAUUACCACUAUCGAAACUGAGCUAUCAAUCAAGCUAUUUUGGUGUCCCCGACCAAAGCAACGCCAUUGUGCCGAGGGUAACUCAAACUGAAAAUGAGUUGUUGCAUCUAACGGGGUCCUGUGCUAAGACUUUAGAGGGCAAUAAGUCAGUGAAUCUCACUAUAGCUCAUAGCACUUCUCCCUUCUAUAACCCACCAGCACACGUUACUUCCCUGCCUCAAUCUAGCCUCAAGAGACAAAUAGGAUCUUCAUUAAGGAAAUUUAAAUCAAACAGUUCUUCAGAAAGCGCAUCUUCCAAUAAAUCAAACUUUAAAACAGACAAAGACGGCCACUACGUUUACCAAGAGAACGACAUUUUCGGCAGCGGAGGCCGCUUUAUCGUAAAGGAUCUAUUGGGCCAAGGCACGUUCGGCAAAGUGCUUAAAUGCAUCGAUAACAAGUACGAACCUAAUUAUGUGGCUGUAAAAGUAAUAAGGGCUGUAGAUAGGUAUAGAGAAGCUGCUAAGACAGAACUAAGAAUUUUGCAGACUAUCAUGAACAACGAUCCUAAAGGUCAAUUCCAAUGCCUCUUACUAAGAGAAUGCUUCGAUUACAAAAACCAUAUCUGUCUCGUGACAGAUCUAUACGGCAGGUCCAUUUAUGAUUUCAUGUGCUCCAACGGUAUUGCUAGGUUCCCAGGGUCUCACGUACAGGCCAUUGCCAGGCAAUUGAUCAGAUCUGUCUGCUUUUUGCAUGAUUUGGGCAUAAUACACACGGAUUUGAAACCAGAAAAUAUUCUUAUUUGUGAUGAAACCCAUAUUGCACAAAAUCUACCUUUAAAAACUGUACAGUCCCUAAGUAAGAGACGCCGUGAAGCUAGUAAGGGGAAACGCAAAAUCUUGAAAACCCCAGAAAUUAAAAUUAUCGAUUUUGGUAGCGCAAUCUUCCAUUACGAAUAUCAUCCACCAGUAAUAUCCACUCGUCAUUAUAGAGCUCCAGAAAUCGUCCUUGGUUUAGGCUGGUCAUUCCCCUGUGAUAUUUGGUCUAUCGCGUGUGUCUUAGUAGAACUGGUCAUUGGCGAAUCUCUUUACCCAAUUCAUGAAAAUCUCGAACAUAUGGCUAUGAUGCAGCGAAUCAACGGAAGUCCUUUCCCCACGGAUAUCAUCGAUAAAAUGUUCUAUAAAUCCAAGCACAAAUUGGGAAACUCUCCAUCAGACCUAAACUCUACUGUCAUAAAACAUUUUGAUAGGAAAACACUUAGCUUACAAUGGCCUGAAAAAAAUAAGCGCGGAGAUACCAUAACUACUGAAAAAUCAAUGAAAAGAGUUUUACAAUCAUGUGAUCGCUUAGACAUUUACAUUUCAAAAGUCUUGAAACAGGAUUAUGGUGAUAGUUUUAGCAUCAAUUGGAACCUACCGCCAGAGAAGAACUGGUCUUUGAUAAGUUCUAAAUUGCUAUGGAAAAGGCAAAUACAUUCUUCUUCCAACUCAGCCACUAAUGAACUCGAUAAGGAAACCUUCUUGUUUUGGUACUGGUUCAUCGAUCUACUGAGGAAAAUGUUUGAAUUCGAUCCAACAAAAAGAAUAACUGCAAAGGACGCGCUGGAUCAUGAAUGGUUUAAUCUGGGUAUAUUGGACGACGGUAUUACAACUUAUAAUAACACGCAAGGUUAG